AAUGCAAUCAGACAGAACCGUUUACAUCAGUCGGCCAUGGUUCGUGCGAUUCAGUAUUUGGGCCGAGCCGGGCCCAAUCACAAACAUGGAAUUCCUGUGCGAACAUGGGAAUGUGCAACCACAACUUUGGUCCAUUCGGGACUCACUCCUAUUUCCCAUUCCGGAACGGUUAUGGAUAACUUUGUUGGCAAGAUGUACGAACAGGAAGCGGUCAAUGGUGAUUGCUGUGGUCUUUACGCUGUGAGCACCUCCUGGUUCAACACUUGGAACGAAUUUGUUCGCGGUGAUACUUUCACUAUACCCGGUCCUAUAGAUAACUCUGCGAUUGUCGAAUAUAGACCAUUAAGAAACCGAUUUGGAGGCGCCUUAUUCACUGCACAUUCACAGUUCAACAAACCUGGAGUUCCCAAUCAUCCUCGCCUGAAAGCGGGUGUUGAUCAUCAGGAACUGUACGAAGGUUGUUGGAAUCUGUUAUUCGACAUCUAUGGUGGUGGUCCGGCCAUAUGUGUCCGUCCAUCUGCACCACCCAAUGCAUCCCCCGAUGGCCACAAUGUCGAGGAUGGAUCUGAUUAUCCAGACCUAGACAAUAAACGUGACUCACCCACUGACCGUUUGUCCAAGGUUGUUGAGCCAGACCGUUACUGUGCUCAGAAUGAUUUCGAUUUUUAUGAUGUUGGCCCUCCAUGCAUACAGAAACGUGACCCAUCACCACAUAAUUGUCACAGCUUGAAUACUUGUCCGAAUCAAGAAGCUGAGAAAAAUAGUCACAUUCCCACCCUUCCAAACGGAGACGUUAAAGAACAGCGGGAAGAUCGUGUCGUACUGAAGUCCGAGUUGAUGGCUGCGCGUUCAGCAGAGAAUCUCUCAUACGCUUGUCAGGCGGAUUCUGAUUCUGAAUCAAAACUAUCCGCUUGCAAGGUANACGGUGUCAAAUGCAACGGAUCCUGGCAUUCGCAAUCAGCGGAAACUUUGUUCUCGGAUCAUUCACUGAAUUCGGUUCCUACGAUGUCCGGUGAUGGUCCGACUAUAGGCAUAGAGUAUGCUCAACCAGAUCCGUGGUUGCAGAAACUUAGAGCGUCGAACUAUAAAAGGCCACGCCUUCUUUAA